AUGGGUAGGUCGGCUUUGCACAUUACGCAUUCCUCCACUUCUCUAGGAGGUGACCUUGGUGGAUGGGUCGCCCUACUGCAGCUCUGGGCGUGGGAGCGAUUCCCACAUCUGACACCGCGACAUUCAGAGACGAGGGCGCAGAUUGGCGAGGAUGCAUCCCCACGUGGUCUUCGAUGGCUUCCGGCCAGCACUCGUCAGUAUGGUGACCAGCUAUUCCAGUACAAGUUGUGGUUUGACGAGAUGGAAACCAUGGUGUGGCAACCUUACGUUGAGAGAACAGUUCAUCUCAGAGGUAGUGUGAUACAGUUUGAGACGUUUCGAGCAGUAGUGCCACUGAUUUGCUUUUCAGCGGUGAUGUGGCACCAUCCAGACCGCGUGCUCCGGCAGUUUGGCAUGAGGGAGCAUGAGCCUCAUCAGCCACAUCCUGAAGUUGAGGUUAGGUUUUUUCUACGUCAGACUACUCGUGGGUCAUCGCGUGGCCAACAGUUGGUACACGCCUCCAGAGAGUCGCUUGCUUUCUGGAACCGUCGACAUGAGUUUGUAGCGAUGGCUCUAUACAGUGCUGAGGUUUUACCACUCGCAGCAUAUGGAGUGGUAUCGAGAUGUCACCAACGUUCAGGCACACGGAGAGGAGUUGUAGUGGAGGCAUUGUACGAAACUUUGGAACAUGCUGAGUUGAGUUUACGUGACGGAGUACGGACUGGAGUGAUGUCCACCGACCAAUGUGAGGAGUUGGCCAACAUGAUGGCAUCAGGGUUGCUACUUUAGGUUUCGAGCGGCGCAGACACCCUGAUCUCACAGUACUUGUACAACCAGCUUAUGAUCAGCCCGUCAUGGCUUCCUGGCCAGAGCGUACUG